GAUGGUGCGAGGGAAUGCGAGAGAGAGAGGAAGGAUGAGCUUGAGGUCUGUACAUCAAUAGGCUAGGGAUGGCGCAAGUCUUCGAGGCAUGAGUCGGCGGGCGAGCGACUCCAAUGCAGUGAGUGAUGUUCGUAGGAACCCGGCGGAGCGCUUAGACGGAUUCAUACCACGGCCGAACUGGCUGACUGAUUGAUUGUCUCUAUCGGUUUCUCGUUUCGGGAGCAACAAUCAGCAGCAAUGGGCGGUCCAGUAUUGCCUCCUAAGGAGGCUAAUCUCUUCAAGCUCAUCGUGAAAUCAUAUGAAACGAAACAGUACAAAAAGGGGCUGAAGGCGUCAGAUCAAAUUCUUCGGAAGUUUCCUGAGCAUGGAGAAACUCUUGCGAUGAAGGGUUUGACUCUCAACUGCAUGGACAGGAAACCUGAGGCUUACGAGCUGGUCCGUAAAGGUUUGAAGAAUGAUUUGAAGAGCCAUGUGUGUUGGCAUGUCUAUGGGCUUCUUUACCGUUCCGACAGGGAUUAUCGGGAGGCUAUUAAGUGCUAUCGAUGUGCUCUUCGAAUUGAUCCAGAGAAUAUCCAAAUUCUUAGGGAUUUAUCGCUGCUUCAGGCACAAAUGCGAGAGCUACCUGGGUUUGUUGAGACUAGAAGACAGUUGCUAACAUUGAAGCCUAGCCAUCGCAACAAUUGGAUUGGCUUCGCCAUUGCGCAUCACGUUAAUCAGCAGCCUGCGAUGGCUGUAAAUAUAUUAGACGCCUAUGAAGGAACCUUGGAAGAAGACUUUCCCCCUGAAAGUGAGCGUUAUGAACACGGCGAAAUGCUACUAUAUAAGGCCACUUUGUUGGAAGAAGCGGGGCAUCCAGAGAAAGCAUUAGAAGAGCUUGCAAAGAAGGAAGGAAAAAUUGUGGACAAAUUGGGACUUCGAGAACAUCGGGCAUCGUUAUAUUUGCAGACAAAUCGUUUAUCUGAAGCUGAGGAGAUUUAUCGGAAACUUCUUGUCGUCAACCCUGACAAUUAUCACUACUACGAAGGCUUGCAGAAAUGUCUUGGAUUGAUAUCAGAUGGAAAAGCGUAUACUUCCGAGCAGGUGGAGAAGCUAGUGAAACUUUAUGAUGAUCUUCGCGAGAAGUAUCCUCGCUCGGCUGCUGCCAAGCGUAUUCCCCUGGAUUUCUUGGAAGAGGAUGCUUUUAAAGCAGCAGUUAGUUUGUAUGUUCGUCCAUUUCUGAAAAAGGGUGUACCUUCACUCUUUACAGACCUUCGUCCGCUCUAUAGCAAUCCUCGGAAGGUGGAGAUUAUGGAGGAAGUCUUUCUUGAAGUAUCGCAAUCUCUUCAGUCUACAAAGACAUUUUCUGGCAGUUCUGAUAUUGAGGCUCCAUCAACAUACCUGUGGACUCUUUAUCUUCUAGCUCAGCACUUCGACAAAAGAAGACAAUAUGAAAAGGCCCAUUCCUAUAUCAAUCUUGCGAUUGAGCACACGCCAACAGUUAUUGACUUGUACCUUGUGAAGGGAAGGAUAUUGAAGCAUGCUGGGGACCCUGUUGCUGCUGCAGCUUUGGCUGAUGAGGCACGAAGUAUGGAUCUUGCUGACCGGUUUUUGAACAGUGAAUGUGUGAAACGCAUGCUGCAAGCUGACCAGGUCGAACUUGCUGAGAAAACUGCUGUAUUGUUCACAAAGGAUGGUGAUCAGCACAAUAACUUGUUCGACAUGCAAUGCAUGUGGUACGAGCUGGCAUCUGGCGACAGUCAUUUCCGUCAAGGGAACCUAGGCAAGGCUUUGAAGAAGUAUUUGUCUGUCGAAAAACAUUACAAUGACAUGGUUGAGGAUCAGUUUGACUUUCAUACUUAUUGCCUACGCAAAAUGACUUUACGAGCAUACAUCCGGAUGCUGCGCUUUCAGGAUCAUCUUCAUUCCCACCGUUUCUUUUUUAGGGCCGCCACUUCCGCCAUCAGGUGUUAUAUUAAACUCCAUGAUUCACCUCCAAAGGCAGCAGCAGAACAGCAUGAAGCUGCUGUAGCAGGGUUGCCAGCUACAGAACGGAAGAAAAUGCGUCAGAAACUUCGCAAAGCAGAAGCAAAAGCUAAAAAGGAAGCGGAGGAAAAGGCAAAGGAGGAGGAAAUUGCUGCUGCUGCUGCCGCAAGCAAGGGAGGGAAGAAAGGCACACAAACAUCUCGACCUGUAGAUACAGACCCAGAUGGUGACAAACUGAUGAAUGUCGAAGAUCCUCUAAGCGAAGCACUUAAAUAUUUGAGACUUUUGCAAGAGCACUCAGCAGAUGCUCUUGAAACCCAUCUACUUGCCUUCGAAGUGUACUUCCGCACAAACAAGAAACUGCUCGCUCUUCAGGCCGUAAAGAAGCAGCUGGCAUUAGACCCAAACAGCCCCGAUGUACAUCUUUGUCUGAUACGCUUGUUUGAGUCAUUGGACAAGCUACCAAGCCCAGAUACACAUGCUGAGAAGAUUAUUCAUGACGUUAUUGCAUUGGAGAGAGGGUCACUGAAGGAGCUGGGAGAAAAAUCUCUUCUGGAUGCUAACAGAGAUUUCCUGGAUGCUCAUUCCGAUUCCUUGAAGCAUAGAGUUGCUGCAGCAGAAGCUCACCUUCUUCUGUGCCCGGAUGCAAAGUCAGAUGCAAUCAAGAUAAUUGUAGAAUUUGCUGAAAGGACUCUGGAAACCAGGGAUUCAUUAGCAGCAAUGGACACCUCCAACGAAUGGUUUCUUAAGGAUUGCAUAGCAGUACAUCACUUCUUGGAGGCCUUUAAAGAUGAAACAGCAUCAAAGUGGUCGGCACGUUGUGAAGAGUUGUUCCCUUACUCAACAUAUUUUAAAGGUGCUAAAAGCUCUGCAACAUUAGGAGUGGCAGUUACAAACGAUUCAAAGCACUCGGAGAACGGGGAGGUCGAAUCUGAUAGCGUAAGGAAGGAAACACUCACUGACUCAGUGAAUGGUGGAGUCAGAGAUUUAGUUUUGAGUUGAAUGGAAGGUCUUUUAGGUUGUAUUUGAUCUCACUUAUCGAGGUCGUCCUUCUGAUGAACUUGGUACAUUAGGGAUGAAUCAAUUAGAUUCUUUUGAAAGGAGUUCACACGAGUCACUGUGAUUUUGUUGAGAGAGGAGUACAAGUGGAUAAUUUGUUGAGAAGCUACUAUAAAUGUGCAUCAUGACUUCUGUUCAAGUUGAACUUUUGAUCUCGAGGAUUUCUUGAACGCAGAGGCAGAGAGGUGCAAAGUAUGCUGAAUGUAGAAGUAUUUUUGUCGAUGAGUUCUUGGAAUUCGAUAACUCGUUGUGGUGCGUUAUGUAAUAAUGAAACAUAUGGUCAUUGGGCGA